AUGGGUGGAAGUAAACACAGACACAGCAAAGAUAAAUUAUAUCUAUUACAUACCGAGCUAGAAAGCUCAUUGGACCCCAAGGUACACACAAGAGCGGGAGAACUUCUACCACUAGAUGCCUGUGCCUUGAGCCUACAGCCUUUCAACAAGCCGCUAUGCACGCCGCAGGGACAUGUGUUUGAUGAUAAUAACAUAAGGGAGUAUAUAACGAGGUAUGGCACGAAUCCUGUUACAGGAGAACCCCUGCAACUCACCGAUCUAGUGCCGCUACACUUCACAAGAGAUGAAAACAACGAACUACAGUGCCCAUUGUCAUACAAAAGGUUCACACCAAGCUCACACGUAGUCGCGGUGCUCACUUCGGGCUACGUAUAUGGCUAUUCGACACUUAAAGAAGUCGCAAAGAAACAAAAGGACGGGCUAAUGUAUGACCCUAUGACAGGCACUCCAUUCACUAAGAACGAUGUAGUUGUAUUGCAAGACCCGCAUAACACCGAUGCGCGGAAAAUAGCGGAAUUCAAACAUAUCGCAACCACGUUCGCCAGAAACGAUGAAACGAAACCGGAAAUUAGAGGAAAUGAACUAUAUCGCAAUACCAUCGAAAAGUUUGAUGGUGCAGUGGAUAUGGUGGAAAACCAUUCCAAACUAUUCAAAACAACGGAUAAAGAUACAUUAAAGGAUAGACCUCGACACGCAAGGUUCACCACCAGUGGGCAGGCGUCCAGCUUCACAUGCACUGCAAUCGACCCCUCAUAUGGCACUCAGUAUAGACCAAUGACGGUUUUAGAGGUCAGAGAACCGCUAUAUGAUCUUGUCAAGAAACAAAAGUUAAAGGGUUACGUUAAACUGGUGACCAGCGAUGGAGAUCUAAAUUUGAUGCUUCACACAGAUAGAGUUCCAAUGACAUGUGACAAUUUCCUCCAACAUUGUGAAGAUGGAUACUACGACAAUACAAUAUUCCACAGAUGCGUACCCAAUUUCAUAAUACAAGGAGGUGACCCAACAGGUACAGGAAGAGGGGGUGAAAGCGCUUUCUAUACACGAGCGAAGCGUGAAAACCCAGAUGAGGAAGUACCAAAAUACUUCAAGGAUGAAUUUGAUAACACGCUAUUUCAUGUAGGUGCUGGAGUACUCUCCAUGGCAAACAAGGGGAAACACACUAACGGGUCACAGUUCUUUAUAACAUUCAAUACCUGUGACCAUUUGGAUAACAGACACACUGUAUUCGGGAAACUGGUAGGAGGGAAAGAAGUGCUUAAAAAGUGGGAGAACCUCAAAAUAGACGAUGACGAAAGGCCAAAACAACCACCAAAAUUACUCAAAUGUAUAGUAUACUCGAACCCAUUUGAAACUGUGCAAAAUCAAAUUAAGGAACAAGAACAACAGAAAGAAACUUCAAAGAAACGUAGCCUAUCUAGCACAACACGUAACUGGAUAAUACAUCCAACAUUAAAAACACAAAAGGAAAACGGAACGGAAAGUGAUCAGGUGGGAUACCUGUUAGACAAACGAAUUAAAACUGACAAGAAAAAUACAACACGCUGA